AGGGAGUGAAGUGGAGCGCGGUCCGCCAGUGCAUCACAGCUACGGUCGCCACCAUGCCUUCCAAGGGAUCCCGCUCGUCGUCCAAGAAGGCGAAGAAGUCAGGAAGCAAUGUCUUCGAUAUGUUCUCUCAGAAGCAGGUGGCUGAGUUUAAAGAUGGAUUCCAAAUUAUGGAUCGUGAUCGCGAUGGUGUGAUUAACAAGAGCGAUCUCCGCGCCAUGUUUGACGAGAUCGGACGUAUCGCCUCUGAAGAGGAACUUGACGAGAUGCUCAGUGAGGCCGACGGUCCCAUCAACUUCACCACUUUCCUCACCAUGUUCGCUAACAAGUCCGGCGGUGAAGUCGAUGAUGACGAACUUGUCAUCAACGCUUUCCGUGCCUUCGAGAAGGAGCCCGGCGAAAUCGACCCUGAUAAUUUCCGCAUCAUGUUGAUGGCUUUUGGUGAGAAAUUCACCGCAAAGGAAGUCGAUGAUGUCUUAGCCAAUGUCGAAAUUGAUGAAGAUACCGGAAUGAUUGACAGCGAUGCUCUGAUCGCCAUGCUCGCCGCCGGAAGCGAAGACGAAUAAAGUGACUGAGAAAGUUGUUAAUGUGAAGUGUACCGCCAUUCGGAAGUGUUUUGGUGAACUAUGCAAUUAAGGCCAAGUGGAUAUUUCCCCAUGUAGCUGUGACACUCGAGUUCUUUCGCUCUCUCACCUGAAAAUAAAACAAUUGGGACUGAAGUGCCAACGCAUCUGGAUAGAAUAUUGUUUUUUGUGUCAAUCGUGAACGGAACUGUCCUGAGGAUGGGUAGGAGUGGCCACAUUCCCUGGGUGUCGGUAGCACCGCCCCUGCAGUGGAAAACAGCAGUGUUGUGGGGGUGGCAUGCCUUCCACACAGGGGAUCAGCCACCCUCGUCUUCCUUACUUCGUUGUCAACCUUCGUUACUGUCGUUCUAAGCAUUUGUGUCGUUCGCUUCAUGCCUGGCACUGAUGGUUGUCACUCGGCCCGUGUAGGCGAUCGUAGCUCCUAAGCGUCAAAAAUUAAGACGCUUUAAUUAAGAACAUCUGCUAGCGUAUCAAGUCUAGAGUUCUCGCUGGCCCAGACUCAAUCAACGGACGCACUCCAUAGGCCCCCUAAGUCUGCAUUUCCAUCGCCAGGAGAGGUGCUGCCAAUACCAACAUCUACGCCGCUCUGCUUCAUCCAGAGCUCAUUGAUCAAAUUUUGUCCUAAUCUUAUUGAGUAAAAUAUUUACACAGAAA